AUGAUCCCGAACCACGGAGCAGCUCUUGCGGUGGCUGCUCCUCGAAGAUACCUCUCGACCGAAAAUAAUUCAACGGCCGGCGAUGUCGAGGCUAUGCUGAAGUCCGCCAACAUGAAGGGAGUGGUCGAGGCCCACGGGCUGCAGGCUCUUCAGGGAGGAUUGACUCCCGAGCAGGAACAGACUCUGUACGAAGAGGGUGUGAUUCGGCCGGCGUCGACGGGGAACCGAGCGAUUGACGACAUGACGGAGAUUGCCACGGGCUUGAAGGUUGUGGGCUCUGGCGAGGGACAUAAGUUUCCCUUGCCUGAGCUUCCGUUGCCGUGGCAUAUGCAGAUGAAGAAUCGGUAUCAUCCUGUUCUUAUGCAGAUUUCGAGGUUGCUUAUGAGGGAAGGAAAGUUGAGCAAGGCUCAGAGCCAUCUGGCUCGAGUUCUCACUAUUCUACGAACGUCCCCGCCUCCGAUCCUAAGCCCCAAGUAUCCUCUCCUCCCCGGCGCUCCCCCCUCUCAACAUCUCCCGCUCAACCCCAUCGUCUACCUCACUCUCGCGAUUGACUCGGUCGCACCUCUCAUGCGAAUUAGGCAUCUUCGAGGCCUUGCCGGAGGUGGCGCUGCGCUCGAGAUGCCCAUGCCUCUUGAAGUCCGCCAAAGGAGGCGAAUUGCCUUCCUAUGGAUCCUCGAGGCCGUUAACAAGAAGCCGUCAAUGGGAUCCGGUAGGAACCAGUUCGCCCACCGACUUGCGUCUGAGAUCAUUGCGGUUGUGGAGGGACGGUCUGGAGUUUGGGAGAAGAGGCAGCAGGUACACAAGAUUGCUACGGCGGCACGAGCAAACUUGAGUAACAAGAGGAAGGCGAAGAGCAAGAAGAAUGCCUAG